UUUACAUUGUGUGCAUUGGACUUAACCCUUUUUAGACCACACACUCUAAUUUCAUUACCCCAGCACCAAUGACGUUAAAUCUGCAAAGGGUUAAUGGUUCAGUCAUACUGAAAAUGUGUUUGUCUUCCACCCUACUAAGUUUGUGCUGCUUAUGAAUAAUGCAUAAACAUUGCUUACAACAUAAUGUGAUUUCAAGAGAAAAUAAUGCUGAAAGCUGAAAAUAAUAUGAAGGCCUUGGUUUUGGGACCCAUUCUUGAUAUAGACAACUUUUGAACAAAAUCUGAGACGGUGCCAUAACAACCUAAUUUGAUCUGACACGGAAUGACCCAAACCGUAAAUCUGAGAUGACAAUAUUUUGCAUACAUCAAACCGAAGUUACUGCACUAAAAUACUCUUACCGUUCCAUUGUAGGUUCACAUUCUUUGUGGACAUUACAAACAUUUAUAAUAGGAGAGACACCAUUCCCACAAUACAGUUUUGUGGUGAAGGUCGAUGACGUUGAAAUUGGAUACCACGUUAUGACACACAACACGUCAACAAAUGUUUACAAAAUACCUGGAGCUUAUGAUGAAGAUUCACGAUACGGAAACAUAUAUCGUAGAAUCAUGCAAGACGAAUACAAGACUGUGAAAGAGAAAGCGCUAGCUUUAAACCGCCAUUUUAAUCAUUCAGAUGGAGUUCAUGUUCACCAAAGACAAGCAGGAUGUCAGGUGAUGGACAACGGGCAGGCGCUAACAUUAUCACAUGAUGCUUUUGAUGGGGAAAAGGGAGAAGAGUAUUCCUAUAAUGCCAAGACAAACACAGUGCAACCUAACCGGUACUGGCCAGCACUGUCACAGAAAAUGAAGCAUGAUGAAAUCUUCACCUUGUUCCAUGCAAGUGUUUCUCAUCACAUGUGUGUAGCCACAUUGAAAUACUUCCUAUCAACACUGAAGAACAUUGUGAUGAGGAAAGUGAAGCCCAGAGUCAGGAUCCUCCAGAAGACACUCCCAGACUCUGGAGGGGUCAAAGUGACCUGCCUGGCCACUGGUUUCUACCCCCGUCACAUAAACCUGACCCUGCUCAGAGACGGCCAGCCUGUGUCUGACCACCAGACCACUGGGGGGGAGCUGCUACCUAAUGGAGAUGAGACGUACCAGAUGAGGAAGAGCCUAGAGGUCAGUGCAGAGGAACUACAGCAUAACCACUACACCUGCACAGCUGAACACCUCAGCCUGGACAACAAGCUGGACUUUGGAUUGGAAUAUGAGCCAGGACUUGAUGUAGUUGCCAUAGUGUCCUCUGUACUGGUCUUUCUGCUGCUGAGUGGGAUCGGAGCCGCUGCUGGUUUCAUUAUAUGGAAAAGGAGGCACACAGGUGAAAACUACGGAGUAGAAAUGUACUGGUCAGCGCUGUCCACACGCGUAACUCCCCAACAUAAACGUAUCAACAAACAGUGUGUUGUGUUAGUGGCUGUGUGAGGUAUUGAUGUACAUUAGUUAUUGAUAUACAUUGAUUAUUGAUAUACAUAGUUCAAUUAUGUAGUUAUGUCUAAUAUAACCCUUUUGAUUG